GAUAAAUAGACGUCACAGAAGAAGCAUGCUACCUCUCCGAGCUCGUAAAAUGCUUAUUAGUGAAAUAGGAGUCUAGGCUUUAUUUUAACGGUAUAUGUUUUAUAGUAAAAAAUGUUUUUAUGGUAUUAGGACCGUAUCUUUGACCUCUUAAUAAGACAUAAAAUAGAAUAGAAACCGGCUCCGCUUUUUUCAUAUAUGAAGCUAGCACGAGUUCCCUAGUGCUGGUUAUUGUUAGCUCAGAGCUAGCCCGUGUUGGUCUGUUUAGCUAACUAGCUGCUGGAACCAUUAGUCAAUGGCGCUCGGAAGCUAACCGAAAAGGUAGUUUUUAGUCGCAACAGCCAAGACGGUAAGAAGGGACUUGGCCGGGGUGGCCAUAGAGUGGCUUUGCUGGCAUUAGCAGCGAUCUGAGGAGCUCCUGAGCAGCUCGCUGUGUCCAAAGAAUGGUUCGCUUGGUUGUUUGAUGGGGCUGCUGAGGAGCACGAUGCCGCCCAAGAUCCAGCUGCUGGCCGUUCUGGCCUUCGGAGUGGCCAUGCUCCUUAUAGAGAACCAGAUCCAGAGACUGGACGAGUCAAGGGCCAAGCUGGAACGGACCAUUGCCAGGCACGAGGUGGCCGAAGUUGAGCAGCGCCACAGCGAAGACGGCGGCGGGCGGGAUCUGUCCCCUGUGGCUGAAAACGACGACACGGUCAUCAUCUACAACCGAGUGCCCAAGACGGCCAGCACGUCCUUCACCAACAUCGCUUACGACCUCUGCAGCAAGAACCGCUUCCACGUGCUGCACAUCAACACGACCAAGAACAACCCCGUCAUGUCUUUGCAGGACCAGGUGCGCUUUGUUCGCAACGUCACCACAUGGAGGGAGAUGAAGCCUGGCUUCUACCACGGCCACGUCGCUUAUCUGGACUUCUCAAAAUUUGGUGUGAAAGGCAAACCCAUGUACAUAAAUGUGGUGCGGGAUCCGAUAGAACGCCUUGUGUCCUACUACUACUUCCUGCGCUUUGGUGACGAUUACAGACCAGGCCUUCGACGGAGAAAACAGGGGGAUAAGAAGAGCUUUGAUGACUGUGUUUCAUCAGGAGGGUCCGAUUGUGCUGCUGAGAAGCUUUGGCUUCAAAUCCCCUUUUUCUGUGGGCACCAUUCAGAGUGCUGGAAUGCAGGUAGCAGAUGGGCUCUGGAGCAGGCCAAAUACAAUCUGGUGAACGAGUAUCUGUUAGUUGGAGUAACCGAGGAGCUGGAGGACUUCAUCAUGAUCCUGGAGGCGGCGCUGCCACGCUUCUUCAAGGGAGCGGCAGAACUCUACAGAACAGGCAAAAGGUCCCAUCUAAGGAAGACCACCGAGAAGAAGCCUCCCACCAAGGAGACAAUCGCCAAGCUGCAGCAGUCCGACAUCUGGAAAAUUGAGAAUGAGUUUUACGAGUUUGCGCUGGAGCAGUUCCAGUUCGUGCGAGCUCACGCCGUCAGGGAAAAGGACGGGGAACUGUAUGUGUUGGCCCAAAGCUUCUUCUAUGAAAAGAUCUACCCCAAGGUGAACUGAGGGCGGCGCCUGAAAAACGGGGAGGUCAGGCUGCGAAGGAACUCUGACAGAGACGCUUCACAGAGGGGGAUAUACACAAAGUGAUUUCACUGGAUUUGCUGCUGGCUCUUCUGUUGAAUUACAAUGAGAAAUGUUAGAAAUGUUGUUUUACUUUUUAUUUUAUUUUUCUGAAGCAGCUGAUGAGAAAACUAAAACGUGUACUAAAAAUCUGUGCUGUAAAGAAAUAAUUUCUAUUAGUUGACUUACCACCAGGAGGCAGCAAAUGAAAUCUAGCUCAACACUUAAAACCUGUUCACAACUCGGAUUCUGUAGAAAAACAAAAUAACUUCUGCUUUGAUUUGUGCACCAAAGCUUGUUUACAAAUUCCUUUUGGUAUUGAUGCAUUGGAAACCGUUUAUGGACCAAAAGGUGAGGG